AUGUCCUUCCAAAGGCCUCCAGGACAUGGCCAUGGUCCUUCUCCAGCCCCGUCUGGCCAGCCCGACGCCAGCCGCACACAGAGCAAGCCCUUGGAGCUAGGGCUCCGCUUGGUGAACGGGAGCAGCCGCUGCAGCGGGACCGUGGAGGUCCGGCUCGGCGCGGCCUGGAAGGCCGCGUGCGGGGCGCUGUGGGAUGGCCGCGCUGCCGAGGCCGCGUGCCGCGUGCUGGGCUGUGGCGGGGCAGAGGCGGCUGUGCAACCGGCCCCGUCUACCCCGGAGCUGCCCCCGAGACCUGCCGCGGGAAACUCCAGCCGGACUGCGAACGCCACUCUGCCGGUCGUCCAGUGCUCCGGCGCCGAGUGGCGGCUCUGCGAGGUGGUGAACCAGGCGUGCAGCAGCGACGGGAGGCCGGCCCAGGUCACCUGUGCAGAGCACCGUGCGCUGCGCUUGGUGGACGGCGGCAGCCCCUGUGCAGGGCGCGUGGAGAUGCUGGAGUACGGCAGGUGGGGGUCGGUGUGCGAUGACACCUGGGACCUGGAGGACGCCCACGUGGUGUGCCGGCAACUGGGCUGCGGCUGGGCAGUCCAGGCCCUACCCGGCCUGCACUUCGCUCCUGGCCAAGGGCCCAUCCACCGCGACCAGGUGAAUUGCUCCGGCGACGAGACCUAUCUGUGGGACUGCCCGGGGACGCCAGGAGAGCACUAUUGCGGCCACAAGGAGGACGCGGGCGUCGUGUGCUCAGAGCACCAGUCCUGGCGCCUGACUGGAGGCGCUGACCGCUGCGAGGGGCAGGUGGAAGUGCAUUUCCGAGGGGUGUGGAGCACGGUGUGUGACAGUGAGUGGUACUCACCGGAAGCCAGCGUGCUGUGCCGGGCCUUGGGCUGCGGAACCCUUGUGGACAGGCCCAGGGGGCUGCCGCACUCGCUCUCGGGCAGGAUGUACUACUCAUGCAAGGGAGGGGAGCCCACCCUCUCCAGCUGCUCCUGGCGAUUCAACAACUCCAACCUCUGCAGCCAGUCCCACGCCGCCAGGGUCCUCUGCUCAGGUUCCCGGAGUUUGCACAAUCUGUCCACUCCCGAAGUCCCUGCGAGUGUCCAGCCGGCCUCUGUAGAACCUUCUGUGACAGUGAAAAUGGAGGACAAGGAAUCCCGGGAGCUGGCACUCCUCAUCCCCUGCAUUGUCCUGGGAGUUCUCCUCCUUGCCUCUCUCAUCUCCAUAGCCUUCAUCCUCUUGAGAAUCAAAGGAAAAUAUGCCCUCCCUGUUACCAUGAACCACCAGCACCUGCCCACCACCAUCCCAGCAGGGACCAAUAGCUACAAAGCGGUCCCCAUCACCAUCCCCAAAGAAGAAGUUCCCAAGCUGCCCAUCCAGGUCCGGGCCCAGCCUGCCGAGGAUUCAGAUUCCAGCUCGGACUCAGACUAUGAGCACUAUGACUUCAGCGCCCAGCCUCCCGUGGCCCUGACCACCUUCUACAAUUCCCAACGGCACCGGGUCACAGAUGACGAGGCCCAGCAGAGAAGGUUCCAGAUGCCCCCACUAGAGGAAGGACUUGAAGAGCUGCAUACCUCCUCCAUCCCAGCUGCCAACCCCAUCGCAGACGCCCCCUCCCUGGGCCCUCAGCAUCAGCACAGGAGCCAGAGCGAGUCCAGCACCUCCUCCGGGGAGGACUACUGCAACAGCCCCAGCAGCAAGCCCCCGCCCUGGAGCCUCCAGGGCUUUCCUUCAGAGAGGAGUCCGCUCCUGGAGCAGCCCCCGAACCUGGAGCUGGCGGGCCCCCAGGCGGCUUGCCCGGGACCCCUGGCUGACGACAGCUCCAGCACCUCGUCCGGGGAGUGGUACCAGAACUUCCAGCCGCCACCCCAGCCACCUCCAGUGGAGCAGUUUGGGUGUCCAGGUCCCCCCAGCCCCCAGGCUGACUCCACCUCGGAGGACGACUAUGACGACAUCGGAGCAGCCUAG